AUGCAUCGAUAUCGUCAUUUACUUUCCCACCGUAUCGAAAAUCAAAUAAGGAUAGAAUCAAAUGGUGAUACUGUGAAUAUGAAUGGUAUUCCUACGCCGAAUAUCGAUGGUGGCUAUACAACGAAUGUAAAUGGCGUUAUAAAUAUUAGUAGUAAUCGUGACAAUUCAACAGCUGACGAUAAUGAUGAUACACAACCACCACCAUUUAAAAUGCCUCGUGCACCACCUCAUGUUUAUUCAUGUUUUGUUAUUAAUCGUACAGAUCAUCCAAUUGAAUGUGAUGUACACUAUGAUGGACGUCCACAAGAAGAUACAUUCAAUGAAGAUGUUCAUGUAACAAUUCCAGCAAAAGAUGAAAAAUAUUUUCCAAGAAAAAUCUUUCAGCCUGAUAUACCGGAAUCAUAUUGUCGUUGGGUUAAAAUUAUAACACAUAUACGUGUUAAAAAACAUGAUGGUAAAAUUCUUGAAGUUGAUUAUCCAUUUGAUAAUGUUCAUGCACCCAUUCGUAAUUGGGAAUUUCAUGUACGUGAUCAUGGUGAUAUUUUAUCUAAACCACCAACACGACCAGCAAAUAUUCUUAAAUAUGAAAAUUUAGAUGAAUAUGAACGUUAA